GUCCAAUAAUUAUGAUUGGCUAGUAAACAAUGAAAGCUUGUUAAGAAACUAUUUCCGGAAAUCGUUGCCUAGCUGUGAAGAGGCUAAUUUGUUAAAAAUUUAUCUCUAAUGGUGUCCGACGGUAGAGCCGAGCAGCAAAUCGUUGCGAGGAGGACAAACUCGACAACAUCAGACACUGACGAGAAGAAUUUCGUCAUGAAAGAGAAAGACGAAAAUUCAAAAGACAUGCAUGGGGAAGCUCCUUCAAGGCAAUCAGCGAAGGACGAGGCGACAUCACCUGAACAGCAACCGGGCUUUUUAUGGAAAGUAUCUGGUGGCGUUUAUAACAAGGCAGCCACAGUGGUUGGAGGAGUUGGUUGGGUUGCGGGAACGGCAUUAUCAACGACGUUUAGCGCUGUAUCAGCCGUAGGGGGAGUUGCGCUAACACCAUUCAAAAAAUCAGCAAAGGACAAGUCUGAUUGAUGCUGUGUGUCGGAACAAGGGCCCUCUUGAGGAAAAUUUCCUGUGGCAUAAUGCCAAGAGUUCUAUUUAGAUAUCUUUAUUGACGAAGACUUUCACAUUCACUGACACAUACAGAAAAUAAGGUAACAUUUUGUCGAGUGAAAUGGAAAAUGCAUUAAUUUUGGAACCGAGGGACUGGAUAUAUUUCACAGAAUUUUCGUGGUAUCUCGUUUCACAGAGAAUUGAUGCUUGCAUGCGAAAACAGAAUAACUAUUUUUUUGUGUGAUUUUGUAGAAAUAGUAGAUAAUUUCGUGAACUUGAAAUUGUAGAGAAGUGAUGAAACACCAUUAUUUUCAAUUUGAAAUUUGCUUGCUCAGCUGAGCGCCCCGAAUUGGUAAAUCUGUCACUGUUUUUUAAAUUCGCAUUUUCCUUUCAAAUUUUUAAGUUAUACUUGUAUACACAAUGGUUUCGAACUACUCUAUUUCAGAAAGCUCUGUAAUUUAUAGCUGAUGAACGAUAGAUAAAAAUUGUAAAUACAAUACUGUUUAUAUUAAUUUCCUUAUUGAGAAAGGAAAACCGAAUAGAAACUUAAUAUAUUCAUUAUCCACUGUGAAGGUUUAAAAUGAAUCUCGGAAUUUCAUUGAAAAUUAAAAUUAUUAUUAAAGUAGAGAUGCCUCAGAAUUUUAUCGGUAAGUUCAAAAUACUUAAUCGAAAUUGAACUUGUAAUUUCUCAGCUAAGAAAUUUUGAGAUCAUAGUUCCAGACAGAAGAAUUUUAUUUCUGCAGACAAGAAGUGCCUAAUUAAGUUAACCAGCUGCUUUAGUUGUGGGAAGGUCUUCUAAUCAGAGCUGACUUGCAAAAUGGUAGCUUCCAACACAGUCCAACCUGUAUUAAGUGGUCACCCAUGGGGAAUGGUGUAGUAACUGCUUAACCCUUUAACUCUGAAGAUCUGAUUGUUAAUUCUCCCCUUAAGCUGCAACAUGUCUUUGUAAAUUAAUUGCAAUAAUUUGGUGUUAGACAUCUUCUGCCUGAGAAUUUGAGUAUUCUUAUUACCUGUUUGCUGGAUUGUGUAUGGAGAUUACGAGGAGAAAAUACUCGUUAAUCAUUUCUGAGAGUUUAAGGCUUAAUUUAGGUAGACCACCUAAUAUUGGUUCCAUAGAUUGGGGUAUUAUAAAAAACCAUACACAAUACCAUGUUAUGCCUUAAUUGACCACUGAAUUACAGAACACAAGUAAAAACACUAUUUACUUUUAUUUUGGGAGAUCAACAAGGAUUAGUAAUUACUUGAUAGAAUAUUAUUAGUUAUAUUGGAAUGGUUUCACCUUCAGUGAUUGUUCCAUACAGGUGGAAAACAAUAAAAACAGGCUGUUGGCUCUUA